UUCAGCUUGGCUGCGAGCUCUUGCCGCCAGGGCGCCGAGCUGGUGCAGUCCGCGUCGCGCUGGGCUGUGAAAUCCGAUCCGGGGGAACGAGUCGCCCAGUAGUCCGCUCCUCGCUGUCACCUGAUCGGCCACGCGGCGCGCUGUGGUCCACCCCGAGUGAUUUCUUCCUGCGUUGUCUUCGACCACUUCUUCCAGAAUGACAGAAGAGAAGAGCAUGGGGCACUUAGAGCUGGUAGGUGUCUCUGAGAGCCUUCACCUCUGAGAGGAGUCUAGUGCUGUACCGGGGCUCUGUACCGGGGUUAUUAUAGCGCCGCUCCGCCGGCGGACUGGGCAGACUGGGAGAGCGCUCCAUGCAAUCAGCGAAUAUACUUUUUUAUUUAGAGGAUUUUUUGUGGCUUAAUAUCUUAAGCUCUUCCGAAUGGACGUGAAUGAGAAUCAAAUGACCAUGACUGAGGUGAGUGUCCGGCCUCUGCGGGAUUGGAUGUCGCCCCUGGGUCGGUCCGACUGAAGAUGGAAACACUGGAGUCUGAGCUGACCUGCCCGAUCUGCCUAGAGUUGUUUGAGGACCCCCUGCUGCUGCCCUGCGCCCACAGCCUGUGCUUCAACUGCGCCCACCGCAUCCUGGUGUCCCACUGCUCCACCAGCAAGCCCCUGGAGUCCAUCUCGGCCUUCCAGUGCCCCACCUGUCGCUACGUCAUCACCCUGAACCACCGCGGGCUGGAGGGCCUCAAGCGCAAUGUGACGCUGCAGAACAUUAUCGACCGCUUCCAGAAGGCCUCGCUCAGCGGGCCCAGCUCCCCCAGCGAGAGUCGCCGUCUGCAGCAGCCGCAGCGGCCGUUCAGCGGCAUCAUUAGCGGCACCAUCAGCUCCGUCGGAGGCGGAGGAGGGGGGGGCGGGGGCGGAGGGGGAAGCAGCGGCGGCGGCAGCAGCAGCUCCCGCGGCAGCCCGGCGUCCUCCGGCCACUCCCACUCCCAAGGCCACGCCAUCAACCACACCCUCAACGCCAACAACCACCACCACAGCCCCGCCCAGCCGCCGCCGCCCCAGCUGCCGCCCCCCAGCGGCCAGCAGCUGCACCACACCGCCACCGCCAUGGAGCCGGCGGCGCCGCGCGUCAGCUGCCAGUUCUGCGAGCAGGACCCGCCGCGCGAGGCGGUGAAGACGUGCGUGACGUGCGAGGUGUCGUACUGCGACCGCUGCCUGCGCGCCACGCACCCCAACAAGAAGCCCUUCACCAGCCACCGCCUGGUGGAGCCCGUGCCCGACACCCACCUGCGCGGCCUCACCUGCCUGGAGCACGAGAAGGAGAAGGUGAACAUGUACUGCCUGGUGGACGACCAGCUCAUCUGCGCCCUCUGCAAGCUGGUGGGCCGGCACCGGGACCACCAGGUCACCUCCAUCACCGAGCGCUUCGACAAGCUCAAGGCCUAUCAGAUGAGCCCCGGCAGAGUUUCAGAUGCGGUAUUGGAGGCGUCAAAGUCGAGCGCUGCGCAAACCCUGGAGAACAACCUGACCAACCUGGUGAAGAGAAACAGCGAGCUGGAGAACCAAAUGGCCAAGCUCAUCCAGAUCUGCCAGCAGGUGGAGGUGAACACUGCGAUGCACGAGGCCAAGCUGGUGGAGGAGUGUGAUGAGCUGGUGGAGAUCAUCCGCCAGAGGAAACAGGUCAUCGCUGUGAAGAUCAAGGAGUCCAAGGUGAUGAAGCUCCGUAAGCUGGCCCAGCAGAUCGCCAACUGCCGUCAGUGUCUGGAGCGCUCCAGCGCACUCAUCACCCAGGCGGAGCACAGCCUCAAGGAGAACGACCACACCCGCUUCCUCCAGAACGCCCGCAACGUGGCCGAGAGGGUUGCCAUGGCGACCGCCUCCUCCCAGGUUUUGAUACCCGACGUCAAUCUGAACGAGGCCUUCGAUAACUUCGCCCUGGACUUCACCCGGGAGAAGAAGAUCCUGGAGGGACUGGACUAUCUGACAGCUCCCAACCCGCCGUCCAUCAGAGAUGAACUGUGCACGGCAUCCCACGACACCAUCACGGUGCACUGGACGUCGGAGGACGAGUUCAGCGUCACCUCCUACGAGCUGCAGUACACAAUCUACACCGGCCAGACCAACUUCAUCAGUCUGUACAACUCCGCGGACAGCUGGAUGAUCGUGCCGAACAUCAAGCAGAACCACUACACGGUGCACGGCCUGCAGAGCGGCACGCGCUACAUCUUCUUCGUCAAGGCCAUCAACCAGGCGGGCAGCCGCAACAGCGAGCCGGCCCGCCUCAAGACCAACAGCCAGCCCUUCAAGCUGGACCCCAAGACAGCCCACAAGAAGCUGCGUCUGUCCAACGACUGCCUGACCAUGGAGAAGGACGAGAGCUCGCUGAAGAAGAGCCACACCCCCGAGCGCUUCAGCGGCACCGGCUCCUACGGCGCCGCCGGCAACGUCUUCAUCGACAGCGGCUGCCACUACUGGGAGGUGCUGCUGGGGGCGUCCACCUGGUAUGCCAUCGGCGUGGCCUACAAGUCGGCGCCCAAGAACGAGUGGAGCGGCAAGAACUCGUCAUCCUGGGUGCUGUCGCGCUGCAACAACAACUUCACCGUGCGGCACAACGGCAAGGAGAUGCAGGUGGAGGCCAGCCUGCAGCUGCGGCGGCUGGGCGUGCUGCUGGACUACGACAACAACUCGCUGGCCUUCUACGACGCCAUGAACUCCCAGCACCUGCACACCUUCGACAUCUCCUUCCUGCUGCCGGUGGCGCCCACCUUCAUGAUCUGGAACAAGUCGGUGAUGAUCCUGUCGGGGCUGCCCGUGCCCGACUUUGUGGACGGGGGAGCGCAGGACCAGCAGGAGCAACAGCACCUGCAGCACCAUCAACAGCACCAGCAGCAGCAGCAGCAGCAGAUGGGGCUCUGCCGGCAGGAGUCGCCCUACGUCUCGGGGAUGAAGGCCUGCCACUGAGAGGGCGGGGGGAGUGUGGGGGGGGGGAGCCAUGUGACGAACACCGACCCCUGAUCCCCAGCCACUCCCCACCCAAACCCCCACCCACCUCCCCCUGCGCACCUCUCCUAUCCCGGGGUCGGACUGUGUUGGAAAAUUAGGGUGUCUUUGGGAUUAUUGCGGAGAGCAGAUCCUUGUUCACCAUGUUUCGUGUGGCCCCAACUCUCUCUAACCUUCUGGGAGGUCGGUUGGAAGCAGAGAGCUGAAAGACGUGUGCAGCGGGCGGGGUGCGCGGUCGAUGCUAUUAGCUGGUUUCCGUCCGACACUGGAAACCCAUCACAUUGAGGUUCAUAUGUGGGAAGUUUUAUUUUCUUCUCGUGUAAGCAGCCACGCACACGCAGGAGUGAAGAGCUGACCUGCAGUGGGCAGCGGAAAACCCGGUUCUUUGGAUUUUAAUUAUAAUUGGAUGAUUCGUUUUUCAAAAGAUUAUGUUAAUAACAAAAAAUAUCCACACUCCAAACCCCAGAAGCCGGACUGAAGACCAGAGUCUAGCAGCAUGAGCAGAGUCAGCGGGGGGGUCCCGGCAGACCGCGGGGGGAACACCAGGACUGGAACGGCUUCUCCACUUGUACUUAUGCAAAAGUUGUCGCUUGUUAUUUUAAAACAUUUAAAAAGAGAAAAGAAUCAAACCGUGUUUAACUUGUAUCAGUUGACCUUAUUAAUCGCUAUGCCUGACUUAUCGAUAUGGGAUAUGCUUUGAUCUUGUGAAUUAAACACAUAACAGAAAAUAAGCCGUUGGCGUUUUGGUAGUGCCUUCUUUAAAGCCUACUGCAAGUCAACAGCUUGAACUGAGGCCAGCCAUGAACCUACAACACAUGGUGUCAGAAAGGGAAUCACAUUGUGUUCCUCUGCAGAAACUUAAAUCUUGGCUUGUCUUAUUUUGGGUGGUUGGUUUUUAGAGUGGCCCAGUUUAACAGUUGACCAUUUCCGAAAUGCUCUCGGACGUGACUAACCCUCUUGUAUCAUAAGAGAUAUAUUGGAGAAUUGAAAAGUGUUGAUUAUUUAUGAAGACAUACAAUGCUUUUUAUUGUUCAUCCCAGCAUGUCCAUGAUGCACUUUUUUUUUUGACAUGGGAAUAUUUCCCUGGAGUUUGGUCAGAAGUGAGGGGAACAGAUCACAUCUUGCUCUUCCGCUCGUUGUAUUGAAACCCGUGUAUGCGUUCCCUAACACAGAGAACACAGAAACACGUGUCCUCUCACAUCUGUAGUUGUUGUGUUUUUCUUCCCCAGUCCAUUUGUUAGCGUGAUAAAGCUAUGGUGAAAGACACACGUGUUACACACUAGAGUCACGUGCUGUUGUGCUUGGCGGACGAAAGGGACUCACACUCUUUUUCACAUUGGGUUCAUUUAAAGCAAUAAAAUCCCCUGGUGACGAAGCAGAAAUGUUUGAUUACUCUGGAUGAAACUGACCAAGUGACCGAACCUUCCCUCAUUUGUUCCCUCGCCACAAAAAAUGUGGUUCUUUUGACAUGAAAGGGAUAUGAAUGGGAUGUUAUUUAUGUUAUUUUUCACCAUGCUAAAAAGGGAUGACACAAGAGAAAUAUUGGGCAAAGAAACAACCUGUUGACUUUGACACUGUUCAGGGAAGACCUCGAUCUCAUGAAUAGGUUUGCCAAACAUUUAUUCACACAAACCAACACAUGCACUCGACCUUGUCGCAAUGUUGCAUGGUACACAUUAUAAGAUGCCACACAAAGUACACUGGGGAGAAAUCUUAGGAACAUAACUUAUUUUUCGAGUUCACCGAAGCCUGUCUUUAUUGCACUUCCUAGAGACCGUAAACACACUCAGCCCUUCUUCAGUCAAACAGCCGUUGCUAACUUUACGGUUUACGUCAGCUCUCUGGCGUGGGGGUCGUGACCUCUGCCUGGUGUUUGAAUCCAGGUAGUAGUCGGCUCAGAUCGAGACAAUCAAAAGUGUAAUUAUUAUAGAACAUGCCUCACUGUUGUAGGAACGCUGCGUGGAGAAUGGAAGAGAGGCACGCUUGUGUGUGUGUGAUGUUUGGGCUUCAGCGCGCCAUAACAUUUCCCUCCCUCUCUCUUUGACGCCAUGUGUAACACAUCGCCCCCACAGACACUUUAUGACACUACUGAUGAUAAACACACACACGGUGCUCCCUACUGAUGCCAGCUGGCGUUUAGAGAGUGGUUUCUUCUUUUAAACGAUGUACGCCCCUGUUCUCAUAGUCUGCUUCACAGGGUGGCCUUUAUUUUAUCAUUUUAUUUUGAAAUAUUGUAUUUUUAUUUUUAUUGCCGUUAUGCAGAAACGGUCACAUCGAUGCAUUUCCUUUGUGAGUGUGCGUCAUGGCUCCACCCUGGAGGUUGUUCUCCUGGUCUGACCUGCAGCCGGCUAAACCCCGUCCUAGAGAGAGUUUGGUUAAGGACACCGGUGUCCAACCUUCCGUGAGCUGAUCAAGCGAUUCCGUCACAUCGCCCGAGAGCUUCAGCCAAUCACGGCCUGUGCUCAUAGGUCAAAGUUGGCUCUCGUACCGAUUGAUGCUGUAACAGCCUGGGGCCAAGCUUUAUUUAUUUUUUCAAAUGUUUUCUCCUUCCUUUCUGCCCGGAUGGUCAGACAUUACGUACCUGACUCACCCUUCAAUCCGGGGCCCGUCGUGUUUCCACGGCGACUUGACUGAUCUGAAAUGACAACUCAAGUCAUCCGUGUGGUCGGCAAAGCCGCGCUCCGGGGGUCCCGCCCGCCCCACUGCCCCCGCUGGCCCGAGGGCCCUCAGUGGCAGGGGUCAGCGGGACGCCUGGCCCUCUAAACUCCGACCGGACGGCUUGGGGUCGGGCCGUCGAGGAUAUUCACACGACAACGUAGAGAUCUAAAUGUACUCCACAUUCAUAUGGGGUAGUUUGCAGUGUUUUGGGGGCUCUUUUUGUUUUGGUGUCACACCUCACAGUACAAUAUGAUAUAUACAUAGUGAAUGACUUUCCCUAGUUUUCCACCCCUUGUAGUGCAGUGUAAUUCCUUAGAGGCAAUGCAAUAGAUUCUUCCACCAACUCCCAGUUGUUUUUUUAUGGGCAGGGGCGGGGGGGGGGUUUUUGUGUACUGUGGGGAAUCAUUUUUUACGACUGAAAAUGAAAAUGGGCUUCUCUACCUUCGGGAAUCGAACCUCUGUGAGCAGCACACAAAAAAAGGCGUGGGGUAAAAAUACAGGGUGUUGGGCUCUCGAGAGGGCUUCUGUUUGACUAUAGAAUAGAAAUACUUUCAGCCAGAGAGUAAUGUAAAUCAUAGGGGGGAUAAAUAUAUAUUAUAUAUAAUAAAAAAUGUAUGAUAUGCGAGAAAUAUAUAUACAUCUAUAUCUAUAUAUAGAUAUAUAGAUAUAGAUAUAGAUAGAAAUGAACCAAUGUUAUUUAUGUGAAUUUAAAGUCCAAAUAAAAGUCUGAACCCUAACGAUGUGUUG